AUGGCGGUGCUGGGGAACCUGAACGGGAGCAAUGAGGCUCGCCUGGCACUGCUGGAAAAACGAUUCGCCAUCCCUCCCUCCCCCGCCACGAGCCGCGAGGCCAAUUCGCAACUGAGUUGCCCCGGCGCCCGCGACAGCACCCCCGGCCCAGAGAACGACGCACCCGAGUCCCACCGCACGGAGGCGCCGUGGCACAGCCUAGACGGUCUAGAGCUCAGCACGGACAUCAACGCCACCAAGAAACGCCGGCGAACCUCCCUCGGUCCCGGCGCCGCUGGUGGCAGGGGUGGUGUAUCACCACCCCAGAACUCCCUCCCCGGCUUCUCCCCUUUCCGGCCCACUGCCCACCCCCAGGAGCGGGACCGCGAGGCCAGCCGCGGAGCUGCCAGCAGCCCCCCCAGCUCCCGUCGCCAGCGCAACACCAUCAGCCGCUACUUUUCCACCAGCAGCAAUGCCAACAGCAGCGACGGCAUGGCGGCGGUGGAGGCUGCGGUCAAGGCCCAGACCGCCGCGCUUGCCGCCGCCGAGCUGCAUGCAGCCCAGCUCAAGAUGGAGGCGGAGGAGGCAAGGCGGGACCUGCAGGCGGCGCGGGCGGCGCGCGAGGACGCGGAGGACCGCCUCGCCGCCAUGCAGGCGGAGCUGGGCGAGGCGCGGCGCGCGGGCGCCGCGCAGAUCGCCCACGUGCGCGCCACGCUGCUACGCCUGGCCCGCACCUGCGCGGCGCUGGAGCGGGAAAGCACGGCACAGUCGCUGCGCGCGCUGGCGCCGCGGCUGGGGUCGCUGGGCGUGCGCCGGCGCGGCAUUGAGGUGCAGGAGGUGUGGGAGGAGGGCCAGGCCUUCAGGGAUUUGCGAGCCAAGCUCACCGCGCUGGCCGAGCAGCGCGAUGCCAUUGAGGCCGCCAGGAAGGCGGCCAAACGGCGGCUGCCGCUGCCGGGGCAGCCGCUGCCAGAGGAGAGGAAUGAGGGCACGGACGCUGCAGGGACGUCGACGUCCACCCUCCACCCAGAGGACUGGGUCGUCCAGGAGGAGAUCUACAAGGCACGGCUGGCAGCCACCAAGCGGGAGGAGGAGAUGGUCAAGGUCGACCUGGCCCGCCUGGAGACCGAGAAGAUGCUGUACAUCAGGGACCUGAAGCGGGUGCGGGACGAGGACGCGUCCCGCUUCUCCAACUUCCCCGUGCUGAACGACCGCUAUGUCCUGCUGGACCUCCUGGGUCGGGGCGGCUUCUCGGAGGUGUAUCGUGCCUUUGACCUGUCCAGCCAGCGUGACGUGGCCUGCAAGAUCCACCAGCUGAACGGGCAGUGGAGCGAGCUGAAGAAGGCGUCCUAUGUCAAGCACUCGGUGCGGGAGUACCACAUCCACAAGAAGCUGCACCACCCCAGGAUCGUGUCGCUGGUGGACAUUUUUGAGAUCGACAACAACACCUUUGCCACCGUGCUGGAGCUGUGUGAGGGCGGCGACCUCGACUCCUACUGCAAACUGCACGAGGUGCUGCCGGAGAAGGAGGCACGAACCAUUGUGACCCAGGUGCUGUCCGGCCUGCAGUACCUCAACACCAAGCCCCACUCCGUCAUCCACUACGACCUCAAGCCUGCCAACAUCCUGUUUGACGGCGUGGGGGAGGUCAAGCUCACCGACUUUGGGCUGAGCAAGGUGGUUGAUGACGGCCAGACGAUGGGCAUGGAGCUGACCUCCCAGGGCGCCGGCACCUACUGGUACCUGCCGCCCGAGUGCUUUGAGGUACGGCGCACGCCGCUCAUCAGCAACAAGGUGGACGUGUGGAGCGUGGGCGUCAUUCUGUACCAGAUGCUGCUUGGCAGGCGCCCCUUUGGCCACGACCAGUCCCAGGAACAGAUCCUCAGGAAUGAGGUGAUGCUCAACGCGCGGGAGGUGAAGUUCCCCACCAAGCCAGCCAUCUCCCAAGAAUGCAAGGACUUCAUCCGCAGCUGCCUGGCAUACAAGCAAGAGGACCGGCUGGACGUGGCGGCGGCAGCGGCGCACCCUUACCUCAGCGUCAAGUCACGGGAAAGGCGGCAGUCUGUCAGCGGCCGGGAAGCCGCUGCCGGGCAGCCAACCAGCUGA